AGGCAGCGGUGAUGAUGUACGCGUUUAACGGCACCCAUGAUACACUAACACUGACAGAACAGGAAAUGCAGUACGUUUACCAUGUGCACAAGAAAGAGGUCUCAUUUGAGAGUAAGGCGACUAAAGCCAUGGUCUCUUGCCCCAAUCGGUACAUAUUUGUUAAUACCCACACGUAUGGUCGACACCACAACCAACUUCAAGAGUUUAUGAACAUCAUCAUGUGGGCGGCGCUGCUCAAUCGUACGGCUGUUUUGGGGUGGUUUCGUAUUGGAAAGAAGUGGAUGGAUCCUGCAGAGCUGUAUGACUUUUCAACAGUUGCACAGCGUUACUGCGUGGUCACGACUGAUGUGAUGCAUCAGCAGUUAAACCGCACAGGUCUUUUGGGUGGCGGCAGUUACGCAUGCUAUGGUCAGUGUGUACGCGACACUCCACUGCGUCACCUGUCGCGCCAUCUGCGUCUACUAAAACAGUCCCCACGGCUGCCGCCGUAUUUUUCAUGGAUGGAUCAUGAGUCUGUGAUGCGGCGUGUUGUUCCGCUUAUACGUGCGGCGCACGCUGAUCUCGUGGUGCUUGGUGGUGCGUAUGCCUUUUUUCUCCGUCGCGGGCUUGUGCAUCAUGCUGCGAUUUACGCUCUUCUGCGGCCGUCGUUGCGUGUGCAGCAAAGAGUAGAUGCCUUUCUCCGCCACUCCUUCACCACACGCAGCCGCUUCUUCGCUGUGCACGUGCGGCACCGUGAGCUUAUGUGCAACAAGGAGAUGGAUGUGCACCUCCCUGCGCUGCGGCGAUACACUGAGAUGCGGCCAGAGGAAGAGCAGCAGCUACGUGCGCAGUGCAACAUCAGCAUCCCGUAUCUUGCCGCGUUGCACGCCUCACUGGGCCUGCAGCUCUUCGCCUUCCCGCUCUUCGUGGCACACGACAGUCAGGACCUAUACACAGUCCAACUGCUGGCGGCGCAUGGUGCACGUCUGUAUGACAAGGAGCACUAUGCCCAGUUUGAGGACUGCGCAGAGGGCCUGUGUGCGCUCGCCGUGGACUACUUUCUGCUCACUAAGGGCGAGUACUUUAGUGGGAAUGCGUUAUCCUCAGUGUCGCAGAAUGUGUGCUUUGCACGACUUGGCAGAGGGAUGGCGUGCCACGGGAUGGGGCCUGCUCUCAUCCGCAUGCUCUCACGUGACGCCCAGGAUAUCUGA